AUGGGAAUCGAGAAAUACUUUUCAAAGAAGCCAGCCACUGAAAAGAAACCAGCAACCACAUCUGCUCCUGCUCGCAAGAGGAAAGCUACUGAAGAAUUCGACCAAGAUCAGGAUGAUGAUUUCCAACCUUCCUUAGUUUCAAAGCCUGUUUCCAAAGGGAGUAGUGAUAAAAAUGCUGUUGAUCCAAAGGCAUUCUUUGGCGGAUCCAAGGUGACAUCCAAAAAGCCCACAGCAACCACAUCAACUGUAACCAAAGCAACUGAAUCAAAGCCCAAAGAAUCUGCUAUUAAAACCACCAAGCCAGCAACCAAGGCAUCAACAUCUAAAUUGAACCCUGUUAUCAAACUUAAAUCAGCAACCAAACGCAAAGCACCUGUAGCGUCCAGUACUAAAAAGAAGCGUUCCAAUGAUGACAGUGAAGAUGAUUUCAAAGAUGAUGGUACUAAUAGCGACGACGAUGAUUUUGAGGAUGAUCAUGAUGCUAGCCAUGAUGAAGAUGAUUUCGAAGACGAGCCUGAAGAAGAGACUCGCCCUCAAAAGAAAUCCAAGAAAUCUAGUUCACCCGUACCCACCAAAAAACCCGCAGCCAAGAAGGCAGCACCUUCCAAGAUCCAAAAAGAGGUGGAUGUGGAUGCUACAGAAGUUGAAGAGAAGCCCAAAAAGAAGAAUUACUUUGCCAUGUUGAAGAGUCAAGAGCCUCCUAAAGCUUUAGGCACUCGUCCUGAACCAGUCGGUGCUCCCAACUGUUUUGCAGGAAUGACAUUUGUUAUCUCUGGCCAGUAUGAAACAUUGACAAAAGAACAAACCAAGGAUAUCAUAAUGAGAUAUGGCGGACGAGUUACUUCAGCUGUCAGUGGUAAAACGACCUAUCUCUGUUACGGAAGAGAUGCCGGUGAGACAAAAUUAGCCAAAGCCAAGACCUUAAACACCAAGUUGCUUGAUGAAGAUGCCUUUUAUCAUCUUGUUGAGUCAUCCAGCGAAAAGAAGGCUGUUCCCAUUGUCUCACCCAUGCCUGCUAAAGCUACAUCCGUUGCUGCCAAAGCUAAAAUAGCCACUGUUCCAACUCCAACUAAAGAGGCAAACCAAACACAAUUAUGGACUGAAAAGUACAAGCCAACUGAAAUCAAAGACAUUGUUGGUAAUAAGGAGAUGGUGCGUCGUAUCAACGAAUGGCUUGAACACUGGCAACAAAACUACUCUCGAGGAUUUGAGAAUUCUGGUGAUAACAUAAGCGACUAUAGCGCUAUUUUGCUUAGUGGUCCUCCUGGUAUCGGUAAAACCACAACAGCUACGGUCGUUGCCAAUACCAACGGUUAUGAGCCUCUCGAGUUCAAUGCAAGUGAUGUUCGCAGCAAGAAGGUUUUGGAAGAAAGCAUUACUGAAAUGAUGGAUAACCAUACCAUGACUGAAUUUUUCCAGCCCAAUGGCAAGGAUGGAGCAGCAGGAAAGAAGAAGGCUGCUGAGCCUAGAUUGCUCAAGGGUAAAAAGGUCGUGUUGAUCAUGGAUGAAGUUGAUGGCAUGUCUGCUGGUGAUCGUGGUGGAGCAGCAGAGUUGGCUCAGCUUAUCAGAAAAAGCAAGAUUCCAGUCAUUUGUAUAUGUAACGAUUCGAGAUCACAAAAGGUCGCUCCCUUAUUGAGAGUAUGCUUUGAAGCCAAAUUCAGAAGAACACCUGCUGCCCAAAUUCGUUCUAGAAUCCUGACCAUUGCAUACAAGGAGGGUCUUCAACUUCAGCCUAAUGCAGUGGACGAAUUGGUCGAUUCGACUCAAAAUGAUAUCAGACAAGUCAUUAACAUUUUGUCUACUUAUCGCCUAAAAGAAGCUGGUAUGGACUACGACCAAGCCAAAAAAGUUGGCAAAGCGAAUCAAAAGCAUUCCAUCCUUGGCUUGUUUGAUAUUCCCGGCGAGCUCAUCACAUCUGGAGGUUGGAGAUCAAAGACUUUGACUGAAAAGUACGAGAUCUAUUUCCACGAUUAUGCUCUCUCGUCUCUGAUGAUUCAGGAAAAUUACUUGAAAAGCACACCUGAAUUGGCCACCUCACAGACAGGCAAUCCAAAAGAAAGAGAUUGCAAUGAGAUGGAUUUAAUUGCAAAGGCAGCUGACGCUAUUGCCGAUGGCGAUCUCGUCGAUACCAUGAUUCACGGCACUGUUCAACAUUGGUCUCUCAUGCCAGUUCAUUCCAUCUUUUCAUGUGUUCGACCAGCAAGUUACAUCAGAGGACAAGUCAGAACCAGAUACGGUUUUCCUGGAUGGCUUGGUCAAAACUCAAAGGCACAAAAGUUUGGUCGAUCAUUGAGCGAUGUACAAACUCGCAUGCGAUUGAAGGCAUCCGGAGACAAGUUUGAAAUUAGACAGAAUUAUAUCCCUACACUGAAUGAUCGUAUAUUUGGACAGUUGAAUGAGGACAACUUUGAAGGCGCGAUAGAAGUGAUGGAUGCUUAUCAUCUAGACAGAGAAAAUGUCGAUGCUCUUAGCGACUUGACAUUUGCCCCUGCAGGAAAGCACCCCAUGCAACAGGUUCCCAGCAAAACCAAAACUGCAUUUACAAGAGCCUACAAUGCUCAAUCGCAUCCCAUCUUGUUCCAAAUUGGCGGGGCCCCAAUCAAACGCUCUGUUUCUGGACCUAGAGAAGAUGCAGUAGGCACUAUUGUCGAGGAUGACGAGCCUAUUGGUGAUGAUUUAUCAGAGGACGAAGAGGAAACUACAAGCGAACAAGACUUGCAAGAAAUCAAAAAGUACUUGAAGGAAGUACCCAAGAAGAAGAAGGCUGCUGCUGCCUCAGGAAGUGGUCGUGGAACAAGCAAGAAAUUAAAAACCAAAAAAUAA